AAGUUUUCAAAAAUGGAUGGGAUAUAUUCAGAAGCUAAUGAAGAGAAUGACAAUACACAGAGGCCUGUUAGAAGACAGCAUUCCUCAAUUUUGAAACCCCCAAGGAGUCCUCUUCAGGACCUCAAAUGUGGAAAUCAAACAGUUCAGGAAUCUAAUGCUCCAAGAACAAGGAAAAACUCUCGUCGAGUCAGCUUUGCAGAUACUAUAAAAGUAUUCCAGACAGAGUCUCAUAUGAAAACAGAGAGAAAUUCAGAAAUUUCAGAGACAGAAGCCAGAAAAAAUGUGCUGACUCUACAGAGUAAGAAUUUAGAUGAUAAUUAUUGUGCAAUUACUGGUAUGAACACUUUGCUUUGUGCUCCAAUUCAGACUCAGAUGCAAGAAAAGGAGUUUUCAACUAUAGACUGCAACUAUGAAAGGAAACAUGCAAAUGAUCAGACAGUCAUCUUUUCAGAUGAAAACCAGAUGGAUCUGACAGCAAGUCACACUAUAAUGAUUACCAAAGGUCUUUCAGAUUGUACCAAAAAUGAAAAUUCUACAAAAAUAGAUACCACAUCCUUUUUGGAGAAUUUAAAGCAUCACGCUGUGAAUUCAAGAAUUAAAAAUGAUUUAGCAUGCUCCACAAUUUCCAUAAGUCAAAACAUUUUCUCAGAAAAGAUCAAUUCUGACAAUUUCAUAAAAAGAUUGAAAACAGGAAAACAUAUUUCUUCUUCUACAGAGCUUGAUAAGGAAAAUGCUGAGAUACCUGUUUAUUCCAAGGACUCAAACAGUGCCUCUUCAACACAUCAAAUGCAUGCAUCUCUUAGUGCAGAUGAAAAUAGUAGGAAUAGGACUAGAAUCUUUAGAGAACAAGAUGAUGGGAUGAACUUGACCCAGUGUCGUACAGCCUGUAUUGAGACUUGGAUUCCUCCAUCCACGGAGGCCAACUUAGGAAAAUUCAAAGGUGAUAAUACCAUUUAUGGCAAUGAGUGUAUGGAGUUAACAACUAACUAUACGAUACAGGUUUUGUCAUCAGAAAAUAAUUUAUCUGAAAGAGAAACUCAAACUCAAAAUGGUAUGAAUGUUAAAACAGUUGAUGGAGCUACAGCUCCAGAGAAGAAAACAGCCCUUAAGGAUAAACUAAGUGCCGCUUUUCAAGGCUUUUUCCCAAAUCCUGAAAAUAAAAUUCAUAUUACCAAAUGUUAUCCUAUAGAGUCAGAAACUCAUACAGUCACACAGAUUUCUAGUCAAAGUGCCAGCACACUGGCUAUAACUUCAGAAUCUCUAUGUUCUAGACCAGCUAUUGAAGGGUAUAAGACAAUUUUUAAUUCUAGUAGCAAUGAUGCAAUGGAACUGACUAAGUGUCUAUCAGCUAUGCAAGAGGAAAAAAAAUUGCUGAAGGCUGAUGAUAAGUAUUCUAAAAUAUGUACCAAUCCAGAUGCUGGCCUACUCAGAGAGAAAACUAUUUAUUUAGAAGAGGAUAGCAUGGACAUUACCAAAAGUCACACAGUUGCAAUAGAUAAUAAAAUAUUUAAACAUGAUCAAGAAAACAUUAAAAAAGAAAUAACAACUAUACCAAUAUUUGAAAAGGAAAUGAUGCUCCGAAAUCUUAUGCCUAUGUCAAAAGAUGAGAAAAGGAAUGUAGAUUAUAUUUCAGUUCCUCAAGUAUCUAAGGAAAACUUACAACAGAGUCAAACCAACACUUUAUCUGUUUCAUUGGCUGACAAAAAGAUGGAAUUCUUGGCCGAUGAAGAUAUGGAUCUGACUAAAAGUCACACAACUAAGUUAAGUCAAGUUAUUCCUACAACUUUUGACUUAGCAUCAAAGAAUGUCACCAGAUCAUACUCUCACAGCAAAUGCCAUUUAAAUAAUGAAUGGGAAAGCCUGGAUAAACAAGUAGUGCUAGGCCAGCAUUCUAAACUUCCUUUACCACAGAGGAAAGAUAUAGAUGAUCCUGACUGUUCUCAUCAUAAGAUAAUGUAUUCAGAGGAGUUACAAACUAUGGAUCUAACCAAGAGCCACACUAUUGUAAUUGGCUUUGGUCCUCCUGAAGUAGAAGAACAUAAUAAAAUUAAUUUAGAACACAAAAAUGGCCAACUUACAGCAGAAAGUAGACAAACAGCUGUGAACAUCCCUGCAGCAAACUCUCGAGUAGUAACAACGAAUGAUAUGGACAUGUUAAAGGACAGAAGUAUACAGAAGCCAGAAUUGCGAAAGGAAAAGCAAGACGUUGGAAUCUAUGGAAGAAAAAGUAUUGGUGGACCGAAAAUUGAUAAAACUAUAUUAUUUUCAGAGGGUAAUGAGGAUGAUAUGGAUAUCACCAAAAGCUGCACAGUCAAAAUAAACCAUAGAUCUUUAUUAGAUAAACAUGAUUCUCAUUUAGUAUCUUUAGCAGGAACUUCUAAAACCAUUUUGCAUGCACGUGGACAGGUUGAAAUGGAAAUCAAUAGAAGUCACACAACUCCUUUAGAAUGUAAAAUUAUCUCACCCAGUGAUAUAACUCCUGGUGCUCUGGAUAAGAUUGUGAUGUCUAUAGAUGGUCAUGAGGAACUAGAAAUGACAAAGUCCCAUACUGUUUUCAUUGACUACCAAGCAGAGGCAAAAGGUGUACUUCCAGACAGACUUGACUUUCAAUUAUCCAAAAAGGAAAGCCUACAGAAGCCGAAAGUGACAUCUUCUCCUGCUGAAGAAAUUGUUUCCAUUUCAGAAAAUAGUGAAAGCAAUCAUCUACCAGCAAAAGGCAGCCAGCUAACAAUACUAGAGGAAGGGCCUAAUAGUGGGCCUGCAGAGGAAAUUAAUGAUACACAAAAGCCUGGACUUCUGAAUGAACUUCUGUCAGGCAAAACUCAGAGAAGAAAAAGCCUUAAUCUCAAAAACAAGAGUAUUACAUUUUCAGAGAAUGAUAAAUGUUAUAGAGAGAUCACUCAGAGUUCUGUAGUAGAAAUAAAUAAUGAAACUAGGCUGGAAGACAAAAAGGGCUUCAGUUUUGUGCCAUUGGCAGGAACUUCCAAACCAGUUUUGUCUGCAUAUAGGCCCGAGGACAUGGAGAUUUCUACAAGUCAGACCACUGCUUCAGAAAAUAAAACUGUCCCACCAGAUGAAGUAACUACUAUACCUAUGGAUAAAACUGUAAUGUUUGUAGAUAAUCUCGGUGAUCUGGAUGUCACCAGAUCCCAUACGGUUUUCAUCGAUUGUCAAGCCAAAGAAAAGGUACUUCAUGAGUGUACUAAUUUGGGAAUACCAAAAACAAAAAACUUGAGUGGUUCUGAAGGUGAUACCUGUAUUCAAGAAAUCACAAAAAAACCAGCCCCUGAACACGAACACCAUAUGACAACUGUUAUUCCUUCUAAUUCAGUAGUUAGUGAUCAAAGUUCAAUGAAAAUCAAGUUUCACGAAGCUGAUAUAGAUGAGGAGGUCAAAGGAAAGGAAGUGGAGGCCAAUAUGCUGAAACAAACUAAACCUGAAAGCUGUCUGUUAAAUAUAACAGUUGGAAAGAAUGUGGAUAUUACAAGCAGUUAUACAGCUGAUGUUUGUAGAUCCAGUGACAAGUAUUCCUCUUUACCAAAUAUUUCUUCUGAUAAUUCGGGUGGUAAUACUAUGUCCUUGUGUGAUAAAAAUAAGGAGAAAGCUUAUAAUUGCCAAGUGCCAAAUGAGUUUCCUUAUGCAGAUAUUUUACCGAGUACAUAUCACAUGGAUUCUGAAAAACUGUCUGUCUUUGCACCUUGUCCUUCAAAAGAAGUCACUCAAACUGAAAGUGCCAUAACACUGCUUAAAGAUGAAGAUCCUGUAGAAGAGCCUCAGGGGGAGGUGGCUACAUUUAACACAAAGCAUGUAUCUCUUAACCUUGCAAAGGAUCAAACAGAGGCCUUUGUUGAUGUUAGUGUUGCUCCUCAGCCUCAUCUCUCAGCCCAAGAAAACCCAUCAACUCAAAAAGGGCAGGAUGUUGCCCGUAGAGAUGACGGAAUAUUAUCUAAAGCUGGGGAGAAGACUUUACCUUUUCUUCUAGGAAAUAUCUCUGCAUCCACAUGUGAAAUUGAGUCCAAGAUACCCACUAAUGUGGAACACUUUGCUGUAACCUAUGAAAAAGAACUGAAUAUAAGUAUUCAAACAGAUAAAUGUAAUACAAAUGUACAUAGCCCUAGUAACUCAGCCCUGACAACACAAGUCAUUCAAACACAUGCCAAUGCAGAAGAAGCACUAGAGUCUAUAGUUCCAUCUAAUGUUUCAUGUUUUAGUAGUACCAAACCAAGUCUAAGUAAUUUGAAUAGAAAAACUGAGGAGGUUUUAGACUUUCAGACUGUUAAUUUAUUACCUCCCGCAGAACAGUUACUUGAAGAAGGAAGUCAGGCACAUAGUAUGAGUAUAGUACAAGCUACACAAAUAUCUAGCCUAGGUUCCAGUAAUGAUAGAGAUGAAGAAAGUAAAACUUUCUGUAAUGAGGCUGAAACUACAUCUGUACCACUAAAAACAGCUGUUAAAGACAAAACAAGAAGAUGUUCAUUGGGAAUAUUUUUACCCAAAUUACCAAACAAGAGAAGUUGUAGUAUCACUGGUGCUGCUGACCUGGAGCAGAUUCUAGCAGAUGCAGCUGACUUAACUCAACUAGAAACUCAGCCAGCCUGCAGUAAAGAUGCAGGCAUCGGAUCUGUUGCCGCCAAACUGAAUUUGAGUCCGUCUCAGUUUAUAAAUGAGGAAAACCUCCCUGUAUGUCCUGGUGAGAUACUCUCAUCAGAUUCUGUUAGCCUGGACAUUGAGGAAAGUGCUCUGAUUGACACGCCUCAUAAAGAGGUUUUACCGUCUGAAAACAGAACAAAAAACUGCAGGGGCCAAAAAAGAACCUGGGUUGAAGAAAGUGAUGUUACAAAUGAGAAAAAAAUCAGAACACAUGACAGUGCACAAGAUCAAGAGAUUUUUGAUAAUCAUACUGAAGAGGAUAUCAAUAAAAAUGUCAACAGUGUAUUGCUGAAAAGCCUGAGCAGGACACCGUCUAGUUGCAGCAGCUCUCUGGAUUCAAUCAAGUCUGAUGGACUCUCUCUGGAUGCCAGCACACAGCCUAAUAGCCAAAUGGAGUCACAGUUUCUUGGUGACACUAUGUCUGAAGAGAGUUUGAAGGAGAAACUCAAGCAUGGACAAAUUACAAUAAAGGAGUUCUUCAUACUUCUUCAGGUCCACAUCUUAAUACAGAAACCUAGGCAGAGCAAUCUCCCAGCCAAAUUUACUAUAAAUACAUUACCUACCACAGAAGAUCUGAUGUUGAGACAAUAUGUUUAUGGACCCAGGAUAGAGAUUUAUAAAGAAGAUUGUAAGCUUCUUCGACAAAAGAUUGAUGAAUUAAAGAUAUCUGCAUUGAACCAAAAUAAACUAUUGACCGAUGUAAAUAGGAACUUGUGGGGAAAAGUGAAAGACUACUCUGAUGAAGAGCUGAAGAACUAUGGAAUUUACCUUAACAAAAUAAAGUCACGCUAUACCAAGAUUACAAAAGUCUUCACUCACCAAGGAAAAGUGGCUCUGUAUAACAAAUUGGUGCAUUCAGCUGAGAAUGAGAAGAAGAAACUUCAGAUAAAAAUAAAUGAGAUGGACACUAUCCUCAAGAAGAUUGAGCACUGUCUCACUGAAGUGGAAACAGAAACUAAGAAUUUGGAGAAUGAAGAGAAAAAUGAUGCCAUGGAAGAAUGGGAUUCUGAAGUGAGAGAUGCAGAGAAAGAACUGGAACAGCUGAAAACUGAAGAAGAGGAGCUUCAGAGGAAGUUCUUAGAAGUAGAAACACAGAAAACGCAGACCCUUGCUCAGAUAGAAUUUAUAAAAGAACAAACAACUAAAACUGAAGAAUUACUGGAUCAAUUGAGUUUUUCUGAAUGGGAUGUCAUUGAAUGGAGUGAUGAUCAAGCUGUAUUUACCUUUGUUUAUGAUUCAAUAGAACUCACCAUCACCUUUGGAGAGCCUCUAGUUGGUCUCACUUUUUUGGACAAGGCUUGCAGGAAGAUUAAUGAGCUCAGUUUUCAGUCUCUGUUAGAUGAAGAUAAAGCUCCUCCUUCCUCCCUUUUAGUUCAUAAGCUUAUUUUUCAGUACAUUGAGGAACAGGAAUCCUGGAAGAAGAAAUGCACAGCACAGCAUCAGGUACCCCAGAUGCUUCAAGAACUCUCACUGGUAGUGAACCAUUGUAGGCUUCUUGGAGAGGAGAUCGAAUUUUUAAAGCGAUGGGGGCCAAAUUAUAGCCUAAUGCAUAUAAAUGUGAAUAAUACUGAAUUGAGGCUUUUAUUCUCCAGUUCUGUAGCAUUUGCAAAGUUUGAGAUAACUUUGUCUCCCUCGGCCCAUUAUCCCUUGGUCCCACUACCGUUCACCAUUCAAAAUCACCUUGGGAAGACUGGCCAUGAUGAAGUUGCUGCCGUUAUCUCUAAAGUGCCCUUAGAGGAAAACUACCUGAAGAAUGUAGUCAAGCAAAUUUACCAAGAUCUACUUAAGGACUGAAAGUUCUGUUGUAAGACCCACAGAUCACAGCUAU